AUGCGCCAGCCCCCCUUUGGCGAAAGACUCCCCUAUCAUUGUCGUGGGGCAGGAACGUGGGGCGCAUCUACAGCAUUGUAUCUGGGCCGCAGGGGAUACACCAACGUCGUCGUAUUGGACCCACACCCCUAUCCAUCGCCGAUAUCGGCGGGCAACGAUGUGAACAAGAUCGCCGAGACGAUCUCAUGGCGACCAUCCGGAGGCGAGGAAGACGAUCGCGUCCCCGUUGAGACACACAUCGCCGCUCGCACGAGCGAGGGGUGGCUGAACGAUCACGUAUUCAAGCCAUACUACCACGACACCGGUUUUAUCGCGGCAGCCAGCACCCCAGACGCCUUCGAAUUCUUUCGUCAGACGAUGCCCGAGGGCGUGCUCACGGGCGACUUCCCCAACUGGAAAGGCUUCUGGAAGAAGCGCGGAGCAGGCUGGGUGCACGCGCGCAACGCGUACGUCAGUGCCGCGGAAGAAGCACAGAGGCUAGGCGUGCGAUUCCUGACUGGAACGCCGGAAGGAAAGGUCACUGGUCUACUUUACAGCGACAGCGGCGACGUCGUGGGUGUGACGACGGCAGACGGAAAGGAGCACCAUCAACUCCUGGAUUUCAAGGAUCAGCUGCGACCCACGGCAUGGACUCUCGCACACAUCAAGAUGGAGCCUUCUGAGCUCCCACUCUACAAGAAUCUUCCUGUACUAUUCAACGUGGAGCGCGGUUUCUUCAUGGAACCGGACGAAGAACGGCACGAACUCAAGAUCUGUGACGAGCACCCGGGCUACACGAACUUCAAGGGUCCCUGCCACGAGCCUGCGGCCGAGAGUAGUGGCAGUGUACCAUUCGCGAAGCACCAGAUCCCCGAGGCGUCAGAGGAGCGCGUGCGCAACUUCCUCCGGGAGACGAUGCCCCAACUCGCGAACCGCCCUUCGCUUUUGCCAGGGUUCCUGAUCGACACGCACCCUGACCACCCGUCUCUCAUCCUGGGUGUCGGCGCGUCGGGCCACGGGUUUGCGCACAUCACGAGCAUCGGAGGCUUCAUCGCGAUUAAAGAUGCGUUCAGAUGGCGACCGGAGACCGCUGUUAAUCGAGAUUGGAAGGACCUGCAGGGCCGAUGGGGCGUAGAACGGCGGGUCAUGGACUUCGGGGAAGUGAAAGAGUGGACAGACGUGGGAGACAGAAGAGAAUGCUAG